UCAUGAGAGCGGAGGUUAAAACGAAAGUGAAAGAACUUAGAAAUCGACGCUAUUUGGAGGCUGUUAGGUAGUAUUGUGCGUUCAAUUAUUUCAAUUAUCGUAUUGUGCGGCCGCAUAUUUUGUGGUCUCAACACUCUUUUCAAGAAAUAAGGAGGGCAGUGCCUCCAAAAUGAGUCUCAGUGAAGAGAGAGAAGAUGAAGACACUGCCUUUAAAAUGAGUUCUCCAUUUCCUGGAUCAAGUUGUAAUCAACCCAUGAAGAAUCUGCUCUCUUCUUUCAGUGAUGCAACAGUGACUUCUGACCCCAGUAUCAACAGAUCAGAGUCUCCAGAACCCAGCGGUGUGUCUCUGAAGAGUAACAAAUCCAUGAUGCAACCACCUGAAAUCAGUGAUGGACCAGUGACCUUUAAACCUCCGAGAUCAGAGUCUCCAGAACCCAGCGGUGUGUCUCUGAAGAGUAACAAAUCCAUGAUGCAACCACCUGAAAUCAGUGAUGGACCAGUGACCUUUAAACCUCCGGGAGACAUACAUGAGACAUACAACAGGUCUGUGCGGACCUCAACAUCCCACUAUCAGGCCCACUUCGAGCAGGACAAAACUGAAGCAGUCCUACAGACACACACACUGGAGCCUGGAGACCUGCAGAAAGUAAAAGACAUGCACAAAACCAGCAUGAAGAACAAGUAUGAGAGAUUUUUUGAGGGAAACAAACUCCAAGAGAAUCAAACCCUCCUGAACAGGAUCUACACACAGCUCUACAUCAUAGAGGGAGAGAGUGAAGGAGUGAAUAAAGAACAUGAGGUUUUACAGAUGGAGAAAACAGCCAGAACACAACAUUCACAAGACACUCCAAUCUACUGCAAUGACAUCUUUAAAGCCUUGUCUGAAACAGGAUGUGAGGAGAAAGACCAAAUCAAGACUGUUCUUACUAAAGGCAUCGCCGGAAUUGGAAAAACUGUGUCUGUGCAGAAAUUCAUUCUGGACUGGGCCGAGGGAAAAGCCAAUCAGGAUGUUGAUUUCAUGUUUGUGCUUCCAUUUAGAGAGUUGAACUUGAUAGGAGAUCAUCAGUACAGUCUUCACAGACUUUUGCUGGACUUUCAUCCUGAACUUCAAGAUCUGGACUCAAAGAUGUAUGAGUGUAAAGUUGUGUUCAUCUUUGAUGGCCUGGAUGAAAGCAGAAUGACACUGAUGUUUUCAGAUGCUCAGAAGGUUUCUGAUGUGACUGAGACUUCAUCAGUGGGUGUGUUGAUGUCAAACCUCAUGAAAGGAGAACUGCUACCAUCUGCUCUCAUCUGGAUCACCACCAGACCAGCAGCAUGCAAUAAAAUACCCUCCAAUUACAUAAACCGUCUGACAGAGAUUCAGGGAUUCAAUGAGCCUCAGAAGGAGGAAUAUUUCAAGAAGAGAAUCAGUGACGAGCAUCAAGCUAGCAAAAUCCUCUUACAUAUCAGAAGAGCAAGAAGCCUCCACAUCAUGUGCCACAUACCCGUCUUCUGCUGGAUCUCAUCCACUGUGCUUCAAAAGCUCCUGAAAGAAGAUCUGAGUGCCGAAAUUCCGCAAACUCUGACUGAAAUGUACAUCCACUUCCUGUUGAUUCAGAUCAACACAAUGAAUCAGAAGUAUGAAGAGACAGAUCCAGAGAAACGCCUGCAGUCCAACGGAGAAGUUAUUGUGAAACUUGCUGAAGUUGCUUUCAAACAGCUGAUGCAGGGCAAUGUGAUGUUCUAUGAGAAGGACUUGAUUGAGAGCGGUAUAGACGUCACUGAUGCCUCAGUGUAUUCUGGAAUUUGCACUGAGAUCUUCAAGGAGGAAUCUGUGAUUUAUCAGAGGAAAGUUUACAGCUUCAUUCAUCUGAGUGUUCAGGAGCUUCUUGCUGCUUUCUAUGUGUUUUACUAUUACAAUAGACAAAAAUCUGAUACAUCCCAGUUUUUUGAUUUAAUUAAUGGUUUACUGGAAAGUGCAGUAGAUAAAGCCAUUGAGAGUGAGAAUGGACACCUCGAUCUGUUCCUGCGAUUCCUACUGGGAAUCUCACUGGAGUCCAAUCAGGGACUCUUACAGGAUCUACUAACACACACAGAGAACAGCUCAGAGAGCAUCAGGAGAACCACACAGUACAUUAAAGAGAAGAUCAAAGAUGGACAUGGACUCUCCUCUGAAAGAUCCAUCAAUCUGUUCCUCUGUCUGCUGGAAGUCAAAGAUCAGACUCUGUCCAGAGAGAUUCAGGAGUUUAUGAAAUCAGACAAACACUCAGAGAAGAAACUCUCUCCUGCUCACUGCUCAACAAUUGCCUAUAUGCUUCAGAUGUCAGAGGAGGUGCUGGAUGAGCUGGACCCCAAGAAAUACAACACAUCGGAUGAGGGUAGAAGAAGACUGAUACCAGCUGUGAUCAACUGCAAAAAAGCCAGUCUUGCUGGCUGUAAUGUGACUGCUCAGCAUUGUGAAAUUGUGGCAUCAGCUCUACAAUCCUCAAACUCUUUCCUGAGAGAGCUGGAUCUGAGUAAUAAUGACCUGCAGGAUUCAGGAGUGAAGCUGAUCUGUAAUGGACUGAAGAGUUCAAACUGUCAACUGCAGAUACUGAGGUUGUCAGGCUGUAUGGUGACAGAGGAAGGCUGUGGUUAUGUGUCUUCAGCUCUGAGUUCAAACCCUUUACAUCUGAGAGAGCUGGAUCUGAGCUACAAUCACCCAGGCAAUUUAGGAGUCAAGCUGCUCUCUGAGAAACUGAAUGAUCCAAACUGUUCACUAAAAACACUCAAUUUGGACCAUGGAGGAGAGGGGAGGCUUUCAAAAGGACUGCAAAAAUAUGCCUGUGAUCUCACACUGGAUCCAAACACAGCACAUGUUAAACUCUCUCUGUCUGAGGACAACAGAAAGGUGACACGAGUGGAAGAUAAGCAGUCAUAUCUUGAUCAUCCAGACAGAUUUGAUGGCUUUGAGCAGGUUCUGUGUGGACAGAGUCUGACUGGACGCUGUUACUGGGAGGCUGUAUGGAGUGGAAGGGGAGCUGAUAUUUCAGUAGCUUAUAAGGGAAUCAGGAGGAAAGGUCUGGGUGAAGACUGUUGGUUUGGAUACAAUGGAAAGUCCUGGAAUCUGUAUUGCUCUUUCAAAAGUUAUUCUGCUUAUCACAAUUGCAAGCAAACAGAUAUACCUGUCCCUUCAUCCUCUAAGAGAGUAGGAGUUUAUGUGGACGUGUCGGCCGGCACUCUGUCCUUCUACAGCGUCUCUGACACACACACACUCACACACUUACACACAUUCAACACCACAUUCAUCGAACCCCUCUAUGCUGGAUUUAAGGUUUAUCCAGACUCCCCUGUGUUGUUGCAACAGAAUGGCCAGACCCCAUAGACAUCCCUGUCAUAUAACUAAACUGUUAACCCUCGCUGUUAAAAAGGCCCAUUAAAACAGUAAUAUACCGUGUAAAAUAAUGCAUUCUGGGUAAUAUUUGUAGUUUUCAAGAAACACUGUGUGGGGACAGUUUAAAACCCAGUUUAACAUUAUUUCUUUUAUACAUGUACAAAACAAUUCAUUGAGAAUUAACAGAUUGAGUUGAUGUUUUAUUGAAAAUAAUAAAGUCUGUAGUCACCAUAAUAACGAUCAGUGUUUGCUUUAGCAUUAGUUUCUCUCUGUCUACUGUAACUGAGUUUAUAAAGCACAUUUGUUGUGGCAAGAAGUCAGGCAGAAGAUGAUCCGUUGUUUAUGGUUGUUAUGGUAAUCCAUAAUAGUCUUAAACUAAUCUGAAUCACUGAUCUCAUCCUUUCUAUAUGGAUGUUUAAUUUUUAUUGAUCACAUAUCUGAAUCUGCAGCAUUAGAGUUAACAGGGGUUAUUAGUUAUUGUGAAUGAUAUUGAAAUAAUUAAUGUAAAUAAACAUUUUGAAUUUGUACAUGAGUCAGACACACACAGACAUCAACAAUCAGCACAAUCUGAACAAUAGUGACAAUCAAAUGUUGCACAUUGCAAUGAUUAUAACUGAUCAUUAUAACUGAUUGCUGUAGUUUCACAGUGGUAGGUAAACACUUUUGAUACAGGAUACUCUGAAUAACAUCAGUGAAAGAACAGGCUAAAUUAUAAUUUUGUCAAAUUAAUAUAACAAGCUGCAUUCAUAGACCGUGUGUGUGUGUACAAGUGUGACUUGUAAAAUUGCAGUUCAAACAAGAAACAAACUAAAGUUAAAAAGGCAAAGGUUUGCUUGCAAACAUUGCAACUCACAGCUAAAGCAAACACUGCAACUCCCAACUAAAGCAAACACUGAUCUCUAUAAUGAUAGAAUUAACUUAAUAUGUUAAUAAACGCAAGGGUCAGCAUCGCAACUAAAGCAAUUCUGGUCUCCAUAAUGGUUACUUCAAACCAAACAUUUUCAAUUAAACAUCUCAAUAAUAACUUCUGUAGAUGUAUGACAGACAUAAAGGCACACUGGUUAAUAAUAAGUGUAAUAAUGUGUAAUGUAGGUCUUGUGUUUCUCUAUUUUUAGGGCCCAAGCCCUGAAAGGGCACAGAGCCCUAUUGUUUUCCUUAGGAUUAUUUAUUAUUAGGGCCCAAGCCUUGAAAGGGUGCAGAGCCCAAUUGUUUUCCUUGGGAUUAUUUUAUUAUUAAUUAUUAUUUAUUAGGGCCCAAGCCUUGAAAAGGCAAAGACUUGUGACUUGUGAAAGGAUUAUUGAUAUCUUAGAUACUGUUGCCGUGGCAACACAUCAGACUUUAAUAUUCUUGUUUGAUGCUUUUUAGACUCUUUGUCUUGGCAUGCUUGAAAUUGCUUGAAACUUGACAGACACAUUACAUUUAUUAGCCAGUAGACAUGUGCAAAGUUUCAGAAAUGGGCGUAGUUUUUGAUGUACAGUAUCAAAACUCAGUACGUAUAUUGUACUAAUCAAGCCAGAUAUCUUUCUAAUUUACAGUCAUUAGCUCGACCCAACAGAAAGUCUGAUAUUUUGGUUUGAAUGUGGUCAUUCUAUCUCUCAGCCUACAUCUCUGUUGAUCCCGGGAAA